UGGCACUUCCAGCUGAAUCCCAAUGCCAAUUGGCUUGGAGGCUGAUGCAAAGCUAGAAGCGAAUGGAAGUAAAAGCUGACAGGCGUUCUACCGACGUGACUAGCGCACGGCCGCGACUGGCUUUCCCGAAUUUGCCAGACACAUUGUUGGCCUUGCCACGAACAGGGCCGACCUCCCAUUUGAGCCACAAGGUCUUGGUGUCUCAAGAGAGCGCAGCCAAGAGGUUGAAACCACCGAAUCGCAAAGCUGAACAGUUCACAUUGCCGACCACACCAGCGCUCUCUGCAAGACGACUGGCAAAUCUGGGGUCGUUGAGACUCACAGAUACUGCAUCUUCUAGUCUAGUGGUUUUGCUGAGUGCUCGGGAGACAAGGAGGGAUGGUAUACUCAAAGGUCUCAUGAGAGAGCGCAAGGCACCUCCUCCACCAUUGGAGAGGGACGAUGGAGAGCGAGCCCUACAGGAGUUGAAGGCCACUGGAGAUCCUGAGUUCCGCUUGCCGACAGCCGAUGGUACGCUUUUCCCGCAUGCUGCGAGCCCACUCAAGACUCCAACAGCAACUCCAAUCGAUGAGCAGGCAUGGACACCCUUGCCAAAGGAGCAGGAGCGAUCUUUUGCAACACCGCCAACCCCAUCCCAGGUGCGGCAGGACAGCGUGAGACGAAGCUUUCGAUGGAGCAUAGAGGAGAUCAAGGAAGCACAGGCAGAAGCCUGCAAGUGGAAUGUGUUGCCGGAGUUGGAAGAGCCUGAGCCGGAGAUCAACCGCCAGGCAACAAUACUACAGACUUUGUGGGAGGAUGCACAGAUUACGAGCGGAAUACGUGAGUCUGACAUUCUGGGAACUGAUUCCCGGGAAAGCUUGGAAACAGCUGCGCAUUCAGCCGAAAUCACUGCAAGCCUCAACUACCUGAACUUUGUGCGACGCUUGUGUGGACUUCCCAAGGUGCAGCCGAGUCCUUCAAAGCAGCUGGCAUGUAGCAUUUUAUGUCAGGCUUUGCUGCCACGUAGCAUCAAAGCAGCGAAGCAAAGGUCUGACGAUGCAAAGCCCAAGCCAAAGGCAUCGCCAAAACCAAAGUCCUCAGCAGCCUUGCGGUUUGCAGUACCUUCUUUGCAGGUGGCGCAGGAGCUGAAUGAACUGAAAAACUCUGUGUUGAUUCUUCAGGGAGAAGGUUCACUGGUGUCUGCGCUGGAAGAUGGCUUUGGAGCUUUACACCUUUGUCAUCCCGACCUUGGGGAGACCCAUGAGGCAGUUGAAGUUGCACAGCACAUAUGCGCAGGAGUUCCAUACGUACCUACGGCCAUUCCAACUCCGCCAGAGAUGACUUGGCUCAUAAGUGGUGACACCAGUCGAGCGGAGGAGGAGUUUCCACAAGCCUUAAGCCACUUGAAGGUGUUCUGGCACUUGGAUCCAGCCUGUCCAGCCCCAAAAACUGGGAGAAGAUCGAAAUCGAAAGCAACUCCUCGACGUCCUGUGGAGCCUCCCAACCAGGCCAAGCUGUUUGGUCUUCACGCGAUUUGGGGAGAUCGAAAAGGUUUUCUGACAUCCAGACGUGCUUUGUUGAGUCCAAAGUUGCAAAGUUUCGCAGCUGCCCGUUCUGAUGACACCUGCGUCCUGUGGUUGGGGCCAGAUGGAUGCUCGGAGAAAUGGGAAGAUGUCCAAGGCGAAUCUACCACACUGCAGGCAGCGGGUGUCCACGCAGUUUGCUACCCUCCGGCCGGUUUCGUGCCUCUAUCUUUGAUGGAAGGCCCAAACAUGCCGUGGACAGUAAUACCAGAUGCACUGCGCUUUCAGCCAACGUCAUCCACUGCUGUCCGGGUCUUUCAUGUUCGUAUCGAAAGGCAUGAUGGCUCCGAAGAGCCGGUUCGCUUGCAAGAGGUGAGUGUGAAACACAUGGCAGUGGACUGCAACGGAGAAUCCUUCUGCGUCAUUUUUUGGCCAGAUCUAGGACAUGCACACCCUGGACUUCAACUUGAGGUAGAGAUCUCAGGUCUUCGAGGGGACCACGAACAGCUUGCGAUCUUCCAUGAGUUCAUGACGUUUCGGAGGAAGGAUGGUGACCAUGCAUUGCUGGCAGAGGCAGCCAACUUUCGACACCUGGUGCACCAAGCAGAGCCGCUGUGGACCUGUGGAGGAUUGAAGGAAGCGUCAGUGCAGGACCAGAGUCAAAUCGAGCCGUUGUCUCAUUUGGGUCGUGAAAUUACCGUCGACAGUAACGACCUGGUCCUGACGCUCCGGUGUUAUGCAGCUUCCCUUUGGGCAACGCUUAUGGUAAAGAGGUUUGACGGAGAGUUCACCGAGGUAGAGCGAGCCUGUCAUUGUAUCAAGUUGAGAGACCACAUUUUCUUGGUGCGCGUGAAACUUCCUUUACCUCGACACUACUAUGAGUUGAAGUUCUCCGCAAGCCUUUUGGGGUCUCCCAGGGAAGUUCAGCCAAGCCUCCUGCGGUACUUUAUCAAUACGUCAGGAAAAUGCUCGGCGAUUGUUCGGUCCCUUGAUGACCGAAUGAUGGAGAAGUACGGGUUUGUGAAGGUCCAAAUCGGGGCACAGCUCCAUGGCGUCACCAUCAUAGCUCCUUGCAAGUUCAGGGUUCCGGUCGGACAGAUCUACUUCCUAAUGCAUGUUGAUCGGAGUGUUGCCUUGCAAGCAGCGCGUGAUGCCAUGCCACCAGUAUAUUCAUCUGUCAAGAAACAGGAGACGGACAGCGACAGCAUGGCCCGGCUCUUUGCUGAACGGCUCCGUCCAACUCAGGACUUUCGAUCUCCCAAAGAGGUAAGGAUGAUGCAGGAAGCGUUGCAAAGCGAAGUCUCUGCGAGUGUCCAGGAGACAUAUGGCGACAUCCACCUGGACUUGAUGUUGCACAAUGGCCAGCACAUUCAGCGGCUAAGGGAACGCCAAGAGCUUCCGGGUCUCUUUGAGGGUUUGGUCACCAUAUCUGAUCUGGACGUGUCCACAAAGAUUCAACUGGUUAUUCGCUUCCCCAAGAUUCAUGCGUGCGACUUCUCACCGAGGAGAGUUGCUGAAUGGGUUGUCUCACGGUCACAGGAUCGUGUACAUGAAAAUUUCUGAGACAUGUGAAAAAGGGCGGUGCAAACUGCUCAAGAACUUGCUUCGAACAUCUUCGAACUAAAUUUCUGUGCCCUAGGGUCCCAGGGUCUCCAUGAUCCAAACUUCUUGGCAGACCCCUUCUUCUUUCCAAUGGAUAUAC